AACUACACUCAUAACAGAAGAUCCUUUAGGACGCAGCUGAGAGACCCGGAUGAGAUCCCGGGAUAAACGUGCAGGUGAAGGAGAAGUAGCUGGGUCCAGCAGCAGUAUGUGGGUGAGUUAAAACAUGGAUCAGUACGAGGUUCUCCGGCAGGUGGGUCAGGGCGCGUUCGGGCGCGCGCUGCUGGUCAGACACCGGCGCGGGGGCGCGCAGCUCUACGUCAUCAAGGAGAUCAACCUGAGACAGUUGUCCUCUCGGGAUAAGGCCGCGUCCAGAAAGGAGGUGACUCUGCUGUCCAAAAUGAAACACCCGAACAUUGUGGCAUUCUAUAAAUCGUUUCAUGACAGGAAUAAUCUGUGUAUUCUGAUGGAGUACUGUGACGCUGGAGAUCUGAUGAACAGAAUCAGGAUGCAGAGAGGAAAACUCUUCCCAGAGCAGCAGAUUGUGGACUGGUUCGUUCAGAUCUGUCUGGGACUGAAGCACAUUCAUGACAGAAAGAUCCUUCACAGAGACAUCAAAGCUCAGAACGUCUUCCUCACUCAAGGAGGUCUGAAGGUCAAGCUCGGAGACUUUGGCAUCGCCAGGAUGCUGAACAGCACCAUGGAACUCGCCAGAACCUGUGUGGGGACUCCGUACUAUCUGUCUCCAGAGAUCUGUGAGAACCGACCAUACAACAACAAAACAGAUAUCUGGUCUCUGGGCUGCGUUCUCUAUGAGCUCUGCACACUCAGACAUCCAUUUGAAGGCAGUAAUCUGAAGCAGCUGGUUCUGAGGAUCUGUAGGGGGCGCUAUACUCCGGUGUCUCAGCUCUACAGCUCUGAUCUGCGUCUCCUGCUCCAGCAGCUGUUCAAGGUCAGUCCUCGAGACCGUCCGUCCGUAAACUCGCUGCUCAGACGGCCAGCACUGCAGCGGCACGUCAGCAAACACCUGAACACACAGCUCCUGGAGGAAGAGUUCAGUCACACGGUCCUUCACAGACACACACCAGCAGCUCUGGGAGCCACGGACAACUCAGAUCAUGUUUCCAGAGAUCCAGCCUCAUGUAAACCGGUUCUCAGACCUGCUGUUAAACCGGCUCAGAGACCAGAUCAGAGACACGCUGGAGCAGAAGACCUGCACAUGAAGCCUGAUGUUCCGGCUGCGGUCGGUCACGAGCGGCGGCGGAUCGGUCCGGUUGAGCCGCUGCAGGAUCCAGAUCAUGACGAACACAGACCCGCUGCUCUGGAGCCGUACAGACUCGUGGCAGCGGCAAGAGAUGAGUAUCUUCAGAGGAGACGUGAAGCCCAUCAAUACAAACUCAGAGCUCAGAAACAACUGGGUCUCAGACUGUCUACAGCAGACUCUGACGGCCGGCACUCAGAUGCACAGAUGCAUCAUGGGAAUGUGAGAGCGGCUCAGGACAGGAGACGGCAGGGACAGGAGGAGUACCUCCAGCAGCUGCAGCGAAUCAGAGAGCAGUAUCAUCAUGAUGUCAGACGGAUGAGGAAGAGGGCGGAGCUUGAGGAGCGUCUGACAGAAGAAACACACGUGAUGAAGAACAGAGAGCGACACACACACGGCAAACAUCAGCAGAGAGGAAUCACGUUUGAGAUCAAGCUGAGCGAUGAAGAGACGCCGGGGACCUCUGAGAUGAAGACUGAGGAAGAUGAAGAGUCUGAGGACGAGCCCCUGAACGACACACUGACGUUUGCUCAAGGAGAAAACCUGCGUGAGCGACCACAGGGGUCAGAGGUCAGACAGGAAGUGGAGGAGGAAGUGGUGAAGAGAGCCGAGUGGCAUCGAGAGGCAGCUGAGACGUUACUGAAUGCUCUGAAGAACAUGGAUGUGAUGACGGAGAGCAGCAUGAGUCUCGCUCAGAGCGAGUACUCAGAGGAUCAGGAGAGAGUCAGGAAACACUGGAGCAGUCGUCUGCCAGAGACUCUUCUGAACGCUCUCGCUCACACAGACAUCACUGACUGCAGCACAGAGACGCUGAUGUCAUCAGAGGAGAAGUGUCUUGCCGAGGACGAGUGUGAUGAAGAUGAUGAUAUGGAGCUGGAUGAAGAGCGUCUGGAGCCUCGCUCUGAUGAUGAAGACACGAUCUUCGAGGAGUCUGAGGACGAGCUUCAGGAGGAGGUCAGCGACUCCAUGAGGAACCUGCUCACCUCCCAGGAGCUUCAGGAGGAAGUGAAGCUCAGCCCAGAGGAAGUGUGUGAGGAGAUGCCUGCUUUAUUCACCGCUCACGAGGAGCCUGAGAAGAACUCCACGGUUCUCUGAUCCUGACGCUUCCUGAGACCAAAGCAUCAUUCCUUCAGUCUUCAUGAUCCUUCAGAAUCAUAAUAAUACGCUGACUGCUGCUCGAGAAACUAUUCUGAUUAUUAUCAGUGUUGAAAGCAGUUCUGCUGCCCAAUAUUGAAGUUAUUGUAUUUUUCAGGAUACACAGAUUACUUUACAUUUAAUCAUUCUGCAGGUGCUUUUAUCCAAAGCGUCUUUCAACAUGAAAACUAUGGAAGAGAUCAAAAUCAACAAAAGUCUCAUCUUAACACAGUACACCAGCAGGGUUUUUAUAAUUAUUUAAUAAAUAAAAAGAAAACAAAUAGAUGCAAGAAAAUGGAGUUGAGCAGGACAUUAGAACCAGAGAGAACAGUUCAUGUAAAAGUUAGUUGUUCAUUAGUUUUAUCAGUGUGUUCUGAGAAGGUCUGCUGAUUAUUAAUCACAAGAUUUCUGUCUGUUUUUGAGGGAGUUAUGGUUGAUCUGAAAGUUGACGAUGGUUUUGCUGAGACUGAGGUUCUGAGGUUCUGAGGUUCCUCAAUGAAUAAACCUCAUCUCUCCAAGAUACCUUGAAGAUGAAUAGAAAGUAAAAAAAAAAAAAAUCAAAAACCUUAUGAAGCAUAAUAUUCAGCUUUACAUCAAGGAAUAAAUUACAACAGAAGUUCUGUGUAAUUAUAUUUUAUAAUAACUGCAGUCUGUUCUGUACAAAUAAAGGUCACUUUCUGUAGUCUGUAAUGUUCAGAUGCUUUAAAAUUUAAAUUUUUUUCAACCGCUUGCAUUCAUUUUCAGAACUUUACUAAAACCCACAAAUCCAAGAAUUUCACACAAAACAUGCAAAAUGCCUCACAUCUCGUGCAAAAUGAAGAAAUGCAUUCAAAAUAUCACAGACACCUCUCAAAAGCAAACAUAAUAUUAAUUCGUGUCAGAUCUGUGUGUGUUACAGAGAGAACUGUGUUUUAUGAAAAAUUUAUGUUUUAUGAAACUAAGUCGAAACGCUGAGAAUUGAUGUUUGGUUUUUCAGAUUUGGUGUGUUUUUCUGCUUUCAGAAACUGAUGAGAGAAGAGUGAUUUAAUGGAUCUGUUCAUUCACAUCAUCUCUCUCAAACGUCUGCUGAAUGUCUCCAUUUGGCGUUUUUCAUAUAUAUUAAAAAAAAUUCCUGUGUAUGAAAAUGAUUAAAUAUGACUUUUGUUCAUGUUUGUGAAAAGUGUGAAAACAUGCCUUGAAUUUUUGAAAAAAGAUUUGACUGUAUUUUACUAAUAUUUCUGUUGUUAGAGUCAAGAUUCAAAAUGUUUGAUGCAAUUUUAAAUAAUUUCAGAAAAAAUCCUGAAAUUGAAGUUGUUUUAUUUUUCUGUAAAGUUGCUGUGGAAGUUUAUUGCAUUGCACAAAACACUAAAUAAAUGGACUUUGCGCAUUAUA